CUGGAGUCUGCUCGGACAGACAUCGAGGACACACACACCGAGAGGACAGCGAGGGACACGGCUCGGUCUGCCUGCAAACAUCACUCCAGCUCUGUUUUAUCGGGGAAUACAAGUUUUGCGUCGAGUUCCGUUGUUUGUUCGGCUCGGAGCGGCAUCACGGAGCUUCUGCACUCAGCCAGGAUGUCGGAACUUUCCGUCAAUGACCACCUCGAAGGGAUUUUAUCAGAUUUUGAAGCGCUGAAGAGAUCCUUCGACAUUGAAGAUGUGGAUGACAUACCAUCCUUCUCCUCAACUUCACCCAUCUCCAGCCCCGUUUCUCCCUCUUCCUCCCAUUUCUUCCUCAAUCAUAACAAAGCCAGUGAGGGGCGGGGAGGAGGUGGCCAGUCCCCUUCAUCAUUAGCCUACAACAACAACAACCUGGGCCCCACAGCUCACCACUCCCGCAUCAGCCUGAGUUCCAAUCCCAGCCCAGUGCUCAAGUCCAGAAGUGUAGGCAACAGCCUGUCCUUCAACCGAGGAACCAAGUCAGCCAUCCACAAUAACGGCUCCUCAGUGACCAGAGCCGCAUCCUUCCAGAGCAGGUUAAACCCCAACAGUUACUCCAUUUUGUCUGGGCCAGGCAGUGACAAUGACAGCCUUCACAGCUCCACGUCCAGCCUCGAGUACUCAGGUGGAGGUGGAGGUCCCCUCCCUCUUAAUAAACCGGGGUCAUAUCCCAGCUCUCCACCUCAGGGGGAGUAUCAUCGAACCCAGCCCCACCUUCCACAGCAGCACAGAGAGGGAGGUGCCAACUUGGGAAGCAGCCCCAACCUGAAGAAGUUUUCCUCUCAUGGGAGUGUUUUCCACUCUGAGAUGGACCACGGGCCAGGGGUGAUGCCCAGUGUCCCAGAGCCUUGGGGGGUGAACCAUGGCUCCAUGCCCAGCCUAGACCUCCAAAUUCAUGAUGGAGGAGGAGGAAUGGUGAGUAUGCAAAGAGGCGGAGGUGGGGGUAUCGGCAGGAUGUCUCCAGGGUUGAGGUAUGCCAGUGCUAACGCCAACUGGAAUGGGCGUCUUCAUCACGCCAGUUCCUUUGGGGAGGAGGGCUACAGUGGCCCCCAAAACCACUGCCAGCAGCAAGGGUCUCAGAUCCUUAAGUCCCCUCAGCCCAAGGCCAAAGAGACUUCACGUCUCAACAAGUUUCCCUUGGAUCUGGACAGCUUAGUAAGCAGCACCUCAGCAACUCCUGCCACCAUGGCUCAAGGAGGAUCCACGAGCCCUAAUCCCCCCAGGCCUCCACCAAGGAGCACAGGAGGCCUCAAACACAGCAUGAGCCCACCGUCCACCCCAGCCAGCCCUUCAGCCUCCCUCAGCAGCCUGGACAGUUCAUCUGACACCAUUCCCCUCUCCCUCCACCAUCCCUUUCUGCCUCUCUCCCCACGCUCUCAAACUCCCUCUCAGGGUUCCAUCCCUGUCCCACAGAUGAGCUGCUCCCCGGGGCCCCUUUCUCCAGCCCAGAGCCCACAGCUGGAGAUUCUUCCAGGGCCCCUAGGUGUCCAGGUGGUCCCUAGCCUGCCAAACCCUUCCAGCCCUGCCAGUCCCAGAGGCAUUUGGUCUGUAGAGGAUGGCCCAGGUGAUGCAGGAGAUAGUGUGGGCUCAAUCCUACAGAGGAUCGCCUCCUUCUCCCAGAACAUUGGUACUGACACCAAAGCGGCACCUAUGACGCAGCCCCCUGCAGUCCAAAGCAAUGGUGAGGUGUCAUCUGCAUAUGGACAUCCUGCUGAGACCACACACAUGCCCACAUGGAAGCAGGGGAAGAGGAACCAGAAAGAAACUGCUGGAGAGCUGGAGACAGACCCACUCGGCCCAAUGGAGGAGAGAGAGGAGAAGGAGAGGGGCAUCAUGGGACAAGAGCAUGAAGAUGAGGGCAAGUGCCAAGGACAACCAGCCAGCAAGAAUACUCACAACUCCACGACAGAGAAAGAGGAGAAUGGUGUCGAUGUUCAUGCAGAGGUGGAGGAGAAAGUGAAGGAGAAAGGAAUGGAGGAAGGAGAGAUGAAGAAAGAGGUGGAGAUGGAGCUGGAGGCGGAUGUGAAGAUGGAGCUGUGCCAGUCUGUGCCUGGCCUGCAGAUGAGCUACAUCCGAGGCUCGGACUUGUUCGGCUAUGUGGGCAUCGAGGCAGUACUGGACCAGAUGAGGCGCAAGACCAUGAAGGCCGGCCUGGAGUUCAACAUCAUGGUGGUUGGUCAGAGUGGUUUGGGGAAGUCCACACUGGUCAACACUCUCUUCAAGUCCAAAGUCAGCCGGAAAUCCUGCAUGCCCAACUACGAAGAGAAGAUCUUCAAAACAGUGAAGCUGCAUUCAAUCAGCCACAUGAUCGAGGAGAAGGGGGUGAAGAUGAAGCUGACAGUGAUCGACACUCCAGGAUUUGGAGACCAGAUCAACAACGAGAACUGUUGGGAGCCCAUCGUGAAGCACGUCAAUGAGCAGUAUGAGAAAUACCUGAGAGAGGAGCUGCACAUCAACCGCAAGAGGAGAAUACCAGACAGCAGAGUCCACUGCUGCAUCUACUUCCUCCCUGCCACCGGACACAGGUUACGCCCCAUCGACAUUGAGUUCAUGAAGAGGUUGGGAAAGAUAGUGAGUAUCGUGCCAGUCAUCGCCAAAGCUGACACACUCACCAUCGAGGAAAGACAGGAGUUCAAAGAGAGGAUAAGGCAAGACUUAGCAGCCAAUGGGAUCCACGUUUACCCCCAGAGAGAGUACGAUGAGGAUCCAGAGGAACGCAGCAUCAACGACAGGAUCAGGGCAAACAUUCCCUUUGCUGUGGUGGGAACAGACAAGGAGCACCAGGUGAAUGGAAACAAGGUGCUGGGACGCAAAACAAAGUGGGGAAUCAUUGAAGUUGAAAAUGUGGCACACUGUGAGUUUGCCAACCUGAGAGAUCUACUCAUCAGGUCUCACUUGCAGGACCUGAAAGAUGUGACACACAACAUCCACUAUGAGACGUACCGCAUACGACGGCUCAACGAGAGCAACGUGAACUUCAGUGAAUUGGGACUGUCCCCCUGGCCGGUGGAGAACGGAACUGCUGACAAAUGGGAGUCAGAGAGCCACCUCUGAUCCCUGCAUCAGCCUCCUUUCUUUGUGCACCUGCCCAAAGGAACGCUGAUUCUCCUCAACCAAUCAGAAUGAGAGAUGUGAAAAAGAAAGCUAUUUUUAUGUUUUUUUUCCCCCCAACAUAAAAAAUGAGAUGGAGAAUUUUUUAAAAUCGUUUUUCCUUUUUUUUUUUUUCCUUCAGUAUGGGACAAACUAGUGGAUUGUUUUAAAAUGAGAAAUUCAGAGUUUUUACACAGACAUAAGAAAUGCAUCAGAUAUGGAUCUAUGUGAAACAAAUGUGAGCUCAUGUAUUUUCUGUGAGGAUUCUGACAUAUACAGGGCAGGGGAGAGCAGGCAGCACAGUGAGAGGAAACACAAAAAUAAGUCUCCCAGUGGUGUCUAAGACGCUCGGUAUCUGCUAUAUAAAUUGUACACAAAUGGCCAAAAGUAUGCAGACAGCCCAGGUCUUUUCAACCAAAAUGGGAAAAAAACAGAAGAGUGGGAGCUGUUAGAGCAGCACAUUACGUAAUGCUGUCAGCAUCACACGUUGGAACUACGGCAUGUGGGUGGAAUGUUCAGGUGUCCUCAGACUUUUCACAAAUGAAAACUAGUCAUUAUGUCAUUGCUUGAGUACAUAAUGCGCCGGUGGGAAUAUUUAGCUCACAGUGGUGCUCAGUACUCCACCCAGUGGAGACAAUGAUAGCGAGGGUUUAUUUUGAGUCUUUAGUAACUCAAGUAUGUGCACGAUGUAAAAUCUAAGUGUUGAAGGUAUGACCAUUAACUUUGCAAGAUUAUAAUCAAGUGUGAGUUUCACAUUUCAUUGUUACAUUAGGGUUAGGAGAGGAUAGCUGAUGUGUUUUUAUAAUUAGUGGUAUUUUUAGUGAAUUUUAUCCUGUUACCUUGUCAGAACUGCAGCUGCGCAGGCCCAUAGCCAGAGGGAACUCACUGGACGGGCAUCUGACAUCCCCUGACGUGCCUAUUUUUUUUUUUUUUUUUUGCAUUCAUUACUCAUUAAAAACAAUGAGCUUUAACUGAAAAAAAUUCAAUAUUUUCAUUUGUUUCAAGAAUAUUGCCAGGAAGAAUUCAGAGAUAGAAUGAUCAUUUUUUUGUUUUGAGUGGCUGCUGCACUUGUUGCAUUAUGACCCUCAUACAAAAUUCACUGUAUUGCUUCAAUGUGAUUUUCUUAUUAAACCAAUUUAUGCAUGCAAUAACCUUUUAUAAUCUAGCCACUAAAGCCCUUCAUUAUAUUUCUGUGCAAAAAGUGUUCAUGCUGCACUUCCAAUGUAGUAAAUCCCAUCUUGACAGCGCCACAUGGCAGUAUGAAAAAACAGCAUCAUUCAGAAGAAAUCAACAUAACUACACUGUCAGCUCAGAGUUGUGGCUCAUGUCCAAUCCAGUUAGCAGAAGCACAUGUUGGCAUUGUACAGUUAUGCAAACUGUAUUGUAUCAACGUUUCAAAGGUGACUCAGUAUGUGAGCUGACUCUGAACAGGGAGUUCCCAUUGCAGCUGACAUGGGGAAGGGGGCAAGCACCAUUCAUCUACACACACACCCCCCACUCCAUGGCAACACAGACCUGGUUAAAAAUGGGAAAGUAAUGUAAUUUCACAAAUGAUAAAAAUGUGCCAUGACACCAUCAUCAGAUGAGGUGUGUCAGUUGGAUGGUGUGACUGUUUCAACAAAAAAAAAAAACGCAACUCCACUUUGUCUUAACAGGAAAAAGCUUAUUUCUGUCUCAUCAAACAUAUUGGGUGUUUCAGUGGAGCUGAUCACACACAAUCAUACACUGUGUUUUGUCAUUGAUGUAUCUCUCUGGGGAGGAAUACCUGCUUCAUCACCAACCACAUCACAGCUGAGUCUGGCCAGACGUGGUACAUUAUACUUGUGACCACUUGUGUGAGAAAAAUUGCACAAUAAGGUGCUGUAGUGUACGGGGUGUGAACAGAGCACGCUGCAACUGCUAGAUGGCAGCACAGGCAGGAUUUUCAGCCUGGUUACACUCCUCUUUUCAUAACAAUGUCAUAAAUGGAGGAAAGACUGACAUUUGUUUAAAAAAAAAGUGCAUAUUAAGGUUUAUCCACAUUAGUGCGAGCAUGGCCUGUUACAUCUUCAUUGUCAUUUCAUGUUCAGUCAGCUCCAGUUUACUCUUUAACCGUUAAACUUGUGCUGUAUUAUAUGUAAUGGCCUCUUGUUUACUGCCGGCCAUCAUUAGUUUACACACAGUUAAGUAUUAACUGAUCAUCUGUUGUGCUUAAGUGAUAAUUUACAUGAUAUUAAUCUACUUGAGUUUCAAAAUACAUUAUACAGAUUCUCCAAAAAGCAUUUUUAACAUUUUUUUCUUAAUCCAAGGAAAUCCGUUCAUGCAUGUUUUCUGUUUUACAUUCUACAUUUACAAUGAUUACCAGUAGUAGACUGGUGGCCACAGAGCAGCUGGAGAUGGAUUAUAUGUAUAAUUUGUCAAGUUUGACUAUAUGUGCCUUGGUUUUGUCAUCAUGCAUUAUGAAAAUAACAUUUUCCUCACCGGCUUUAUCAUAGACAUUUUAGACGGGGAAGGAUGUAGCUUAAAAACAGUGUUCAAUGUUUACUCAGACAGUUCUAGACAAGUCCAGUUUAACCCGGUUAUGAAAAUUUCAAAACCCUGAAUGGCUGCAGACCAGUACAGGACCGUGGAACAUUUGCUUUCAAGCUGUAAGAAAUCAUCAGAAUUUGACAAAAUUAUAGUUUUAAUGUAUAGGCUCUAUACGUUGACGUGGUGCAAUGAUUGCAUCUUUUCUCAUCCCCAUGUCAUAUGCAAGUAGAGUUGCAAUGACCAUUGGAUGAAGCGAAAGCUAGGUAAUCACACAAAACUAUAUGAAAUGACCACAACCUCUUAUCACAGUGUUACAUGCUAGUUGCAUAUAAUGUGUUAAAUUACACGGUGGCGACAUAGUAACUGUGUUUGUUAUGUACGGGAUGUAAGUACAUUGUACAGUGACCUCAGUUAAAAGAAGUCAUGGUGACUUUUUUUUCACACAAGACAAGAAAAGCAGUCUUCUGGGUAAAAGUCCUGUUUUUGUUUGACCCAUCCAUCACCCUGUCUUCUGCCCUAUUCAGACUUUUUGGCUCUUUAAUACAAUACACUCAGCUACCAUGUACUAUUAUGAGAUGCCAAGAAGCCAGGGUCAUUUUAUGUAUUUUUGUGAAUCUUGGUUGAGCGAAAGUGUUUGUCAAUGGAUGGCAUUAGCCUAGCAGGUAAUAGAUGAAAUAAAGCAAAUAAAGCUUUAGGUCAAAGGUGUUGUUUGGGUCUUAAAUUGGCAGCACAGUCAGUUUAAGUCAUGUUUGGCCUUACAAGUGCUGGUAAUUAGUGUUUAUUUUGAUGCAGACCUCUGGUGGUGCGUUGCUAUUGCUGUUGCAGCUACCUAACUAUAAGGACUAAAGACAAAACCACUGAGAGAACUUCAGAGUUUCUUCAGGGGAGUAAAAGGCAUGUGAUAAAAGCAUGUGUUCUAUUGUGUUCUAAUGAAGCCGAAUGUCUUCUGCGGCUACAGUGAAGCCUCAAACCAACCUAACCAACCUUUAGCAACAAUCUUGUCAAUAUUAAAAUGACACAAAUCAGUUAUUUUGACUGAAUGCAGAUGUGAGAGUUGUUGAGAUGCACAAGUGUUACCAAUAACUGGAACAUCCCAGUAAGCUACAAAGACAGCGUAUUGAAGUCCCACCCCCCCACCCCCAAAGGGGAAAACAAUCCAUCACUCUUUAUUGACUUUAUAUUGAGUGAAAAUGUCUCCAUACCGUUACCCUCUGUUAGCAAAAACAGAAAAAAUACCUAAAAGCUGCUAUGUGAUUACAUGCAAUACUAACAGUGGAAAGAAUCCAGAACUCAAAACUCCCAAAACUUUUUUAUAAACUGAGCUUUAAGAGGACAAAAGUGAAAACAGAAGUGAGGGAUCAGCAGAGAUAGUGGAAAAAGGGGAAACUUUGGGAUCCUGACACAUAGUGUGGCAUUUUCAGCAUUUAUUUUGCUAUAUGUGACCAGACACACUGUAGAGGUUGAAGUAAACUAUUUUUUUAAUGUUUUAAACAAGCUGCAGGCAUUCUGUUAGCUUUACACCAUUUCUUUGCAUACUGUGGUGCCGAGAGAAAUAAACUUUUAGAGAAGCUAAUCAAACUUCUCACUAUAACACAACCACACAUAAUAUGUGCAUAUGCUAAUAUGUUAGCAUACACAGAGUGCAGUAAUAGUGGACACACUUGAGCAUAAUCAGGCUAAGUGUUGGUCUCACCUUAUCCAGUUGCUGCAUUUUUUCCACGCAACUAAAGAACAGAAGAUAAAUCCUCAAAACUAUUCAACUGUCUGCUGACCAAAAUGUCCGUCUGAAGCCACCCAUGACACCAAACCGUCCACAGCCACAGUUCACUUUGAUUCAUACGGCCUGUCAGACAUUCAGUGUUACUGUCCUCGUCCCUCGCAGCUCUGCUCUGUAUCCUGAGCCUCUGUGUCAGCCUCCUGCCCGUGUAUUUUAUACUCAGCAUGUACUAACAGUUCCUGUAUGAAAUUGAUUUUUAUAGUAUUAAUGUCAAACUUGUUAACACUGUUGAUUUACAAUUAAAUACUUGUCACUUUCUCAGUUCAGUGUGGAGUCAUUGUAAUAAACCUACUGAUUCAC